CUUACCUGAGCCGAUGCUACCUCGACCUUAUCGCCGACUGCUCCGAUGACCCCACUCGCCUGGAGUCAUGGCUGUCAUAGGCCAGGCGGUAUACUGAUUAGAGUACCUGUGGCUCAGGUCAAUCCGGGCACCGGCCAUGGUUAGCACAUCAGUUCUAUGUAGCUCCGCAUCCAAUAUGACGUAGGCCAUUCUUCUACGAGACACCUCCUCUCCCGACCCUCGAGUUCUAGCUCUCUCAGUUUCUCAUUCUUCUAAUUCUCCUCCCAAGCAUCUCUCAUCUAUUUCCCCUUCGCCAAUCUCAAUCCUCUUGUGGUGCGGAGAUCUCAUAGACAUCCCCAAGCCUUGUCCAGAAACCACUCAACAAUCAUGACGAAAUUCACUUUUGCCAACUCUUCCCAAAAGGUUCCCGGCGAUGGGAUUCUCCCCGCCGAGUUUACCAUCAAAGCACCUCCUUCCACAGAUGCCUGGUCCAAACCUCCGUCCACGGACACCUUUAACGCCCCCAUCCUAUAUCAGACCGUUCCAUUGAAGUCUUUCAAGCGGGUCCGAGUCGCCUUCAACGCGCUCUGGCAACAGGAAUAUGAUCAGGGUGGACUCAUCCUCGUCCUCAACGGCGCGGGCGGAACCCGGAAAUGGGUCAAGACGGGCAUUGAGCUCACCCGCGGCCGACCUCACCUGAGUACCGUCACCAAGGACAAAUGGGCGGAUUGGAGUCUGCAGCCGGUUCCGUCGGGCGGUGGAUUAGCGACGCUAGAACUCGUCAAAGAGCCAGACAACAGCCUGUGGAUUUAUCUUGUGGAGGGCAUCCAGAAGUCCCCUCUUCGAGAGAUCACCUGGUUCUUUGAGGAACCGGAUGUCCAGGACUUCUGGGUCGGGUUAUACGCAGCUCGGCCCUCCAAGGAGGGAGACGACCUCGUGGUGAACUUUGGCCAUCUGAUCGUUGAAGCGGCGGAGUAAUGGGUGAUAACGGACAAAUGUAAUGAAGCAGGACGAACAUGACUAUUCAGGUCAUACAUAUCUUGUAUUGAGUCGAACUGCAGCCG